UGCCUGCCCUCUGCUGCAGCUCCCCCAUCCGCUCUGUCUCGAGAGAGAGCUGGGUUAACGCAGGCCCAAUACAACAUGAAGCCCACCGUGGUCAGCAUCUGUGGAGUCUAGCAUAGUUGGCUGCAGCAAGGGAUGCUCCGUAAGGCGGUGGCCUUGGCCUCUAGAAGGGGCUGUGGUGGGCUUCCAGGGAGGGGUGGACUCAGCUGGAAAGAAUUUUGGAACGUGGCUCUCUUUUGGAUCUGAUGGGGGGUCCCUUGUUCCAAAGUGAUUCCCUAUACGUGGUGAGUCCCCAAAAUGGCUUUUCUGUCUUCCCUCUGCCUCCCAUGGUGCUCCUAUAAGCACCCAAGUAGAGACAGCCUAGUCUGUUCAUUGAGGGUGCAGUCAAUGCACCCUUCGUAAUGAGCACCAAGGUGAUGAGUUUAAAAUCCGAAAAGUUGUUGAUUAUGUUUGCUUCCCAGCCCCGCUAGUGGUUUGUGUUGAAUGUAAACAUCAUGAGGGAAUAGGUUGAAGUCUGUACCCACUCCCUCCCUCUCCCGUUCAACAAACCCCAAACGCCUGUCUGUCUCCUCCUCCCUGAAAUCAGGAAGGGAUCUUUUGAUUUCUUCUCUGUUCUUUUCCCUAAUGUGUCUUUGGCAGUGAUCAUUGGAGUAUUACAAUCUCACUGCCUGGUUUAGCAUAGACCCUGGGGCCUGGAGGGAAGUCAGACCGGACAUCAGUGCCCCAACUGAAUAAUCUGUGUCACUAGGGCUUUGAGCCCAGGAUGUGAGCGGAGGCAAUUCCCGGUUUUGGAAGAAACUCAGACAGGAAACCAGUGCUAGGAAGAAGGAAGAGAACUCAGUCCAGCAGAGUGUAAUAGGGCCUCAUUACCGAAGCAAAAAGCAGCUGUUGGCUAAUUCCUAGCAUGCUGUAACACAUGAGUAUUUUGCAAUUAGCAAUAACCAGUGCACGGGGUUUCGCAUAGACGCCUGCCCAUUCGGCCCGGCAGUGUGUGAGGCGCCUUUCAAACCGGAGGGAUUGGCAAGAAAUUCCGGGUAGAUAUGCCUGGCUCAGGCAGUGCAUUCAUCCCCACCAUCAAUGCCAUCACGACCAGCCAGGACCUGCAGUGGAUGGUGCAGCCCACAGUGAUCACCUCCAUGUCCAACCCGUACCCUCGCUCGCACCCCUACAGCCCCCUGCCGGGCCUGGCCUCUGUCCCUGGACACAUGGCCCUCCCAAGACCUGGCGUGAUCAAGACCAUUGGCACCACCGUGGGCCGCAGGAGGAGAGAUGAGCAGCUGUCUCCUGAAGAGGAGGAGAAGCGUCGCAUCCGGCGGGAGAGGAACAAGCUGGCUGCAGCCAAGUGCCGGAACCGACGCCGGGAGCUGACAGAGAAGCUGCAGGCGAUUGGUCCCUGGCAGGUUGCUGUCCCUCACAUCCCUCUCUUUCCGUGGCAGGAGACAGAGGAGCUGGAGGAGGAGAAGUCAGGCCUGCAGAAGGAGAUUGCUGAGCUGCAGAAGGAGAAGGAGAAGCUGGAGUUCAUGUUGGUGGCUCACGGCCCAGUGUGCAAGAUUAGCCCUGAGGAGCGCCGAUCGCCUCCAGCCCCUGGGCUACAGCCCAUGCGCAGUGGGAGUGGCUCGGUGGGCGCUGUAGUGGUGAAACAGGAGCCCCUGGAAGAGGACAGCCCCUCGUCCUCGUCGGCGGGGCUGGACAAGGCCCAGCGCUCUGUCAUCAAGCCCAUCAGCAUUGCUGGGGGCUUCUACGGCGAGGAGCCCCUGCACACCCCCAUCGUGGUGACCUCCACACCUGCUGUCACUCCGGGCACCUCGAACCUCGUCUUCACCUAUCCUAGCGUCCUGGAGCAGGAGUCACCCGCAUCUCCCUCCGAAUCCUGCUCCAAGGCUCACCGCAGAAGCAGUAGCAGCGGGGACCAAUCAUCAGACUCCUUGAACUCCCCCACUCUGCUGGCUCUGUAACCCAGCGCACCUCCCUCCCCAGCUCCGGAGGGGGUCCUCCUCGCUCCUCCUUCCCAGGGACCAGCACCUUCAAGCGCUCCAGGGCCGUGAGGGCAAGAGGGGGACCUGCCAGGGAGCUUCCUGGCUCUGGGGGACCCAGGUGGGACUUAGCAGUGAGUAUUGGAAGACUUGGGUUGAUCUCUUAGAAGCCAUGGGACCUCCUCCCUCAUUCAUCUUGCAAGCAAAUCCCAUUUCUUGAAAAGCCUUGGAGAACUCGGUUUGGUAGACUUGGACAUCUCUCUGGCUUCUGAAGAGCCUGAAGCUGGCCUGGACCAUUCCUGUCCCUUUGUUACCAUACUGUCUCUGGAGUGAUGGUGUCCUUCCCUGCCCCACCACGCAUGCUCAGUGCCUUUUGGUUUCACCUUCCCUCGACUUGCCCCUUCCCUCCCCCAGCGUCAGUUUCACUCCCUCUUGGUUUUUAUCAAAUUUGCCAUGACAUUUCAUCUGGGUGGUCUGAAUAUUAAAGCUCUUCAUUUCUGGAGAUGGGGCAGCAGGUGACUCUUCUGCUGGGGCUGACUUGUCCAGAAGGGGACAAAGUGCAAUACAGAGCCUUCCCUACCCUGACGCCUCCCAGUCAUCAUCUCCAGAACUCCCAGCGGGGCUCCCUGAGCUCUCAAGGAGAUGCUGCCAUCACUGGGAGGCUCAGAGGACCCCUCCUGCCCACCUUCGGAGACGGCUUCUGGAGGAACGGCUUGGCCAGAAGACAGGGUGUGAGUGAGACAGUGGGGCACAGGUUGGGUUUGCCAAACGCCUAAUUACCAGGCCAGGAAUCAUGCCAACAAAGCCACACGGGUGUCCUAGCCAGCUUCCCUUCACCUGGUGUCUUGAGUAGGGCGUCUCCUGUAAUUACUGCCUUGCCAUUCUGCCCCUGGACCCUUCUCUCCGGACCAGGGAGGCAUCCCUCCCUAGGAGCCACACAUUAUACUCCAAGUCCCUGCCGGGCUCCGCCUUUCCCCCACCCUGGCUCUCAGGGUGACGCCACCCACAGAGAUUUAAUGAGCGUGGGCCUGGACCUUCCCCAGAUGCUGCCAGGCAACCCCUCCCCAAGCCUCAAAGAAGCAUUUGCCGAGGAUGGAGAGGCAGGGGAGGGAGGCGGGAGGCCGUCACUGGAGUGGUGUCUGCAGCAGCUGCUGCCCCAGCACCCGCUCAGCCUGUCCUGGCUGCUCACCUCCCCACAGGGCGCCGGGCCUUUCCUGCCCUCUGUGGUCAUCUGCCACCUGCUGGAUCAAGUGCUUUCUCUUUUACACUCCCGUGUCCCCACCCCAGUGCGCUCUUCUGGCCCAGGCAGCAAGCAAGCUGUGAGCAGCUGGCCUGAGCUGUCGCUGUGGCUUGUGGCUCAUGCGCCAUUCCUAGUUGUCUGUUGAAUCUUUCUGGCUGCUGGAAUUGGAGAUAGGAUGUUUUGCUUCCCACUGCAGGAGAGCUGCCCCCUUUCACGGGGUUGGGGAAGGGUCCCCCUGACCUCCAGCAGGAGCACAGCUCAGCAGGGUCCCUGCUGCCCACCCCUCUGAGCCUUUUCUCCCCAGGGUAUGGCUCCUGCUGAGUUUCUUGUCCAGCAGGGCCUUGACAGGAAUCCAGGGAGUAGCUCCUGGCCAGAACCAGCCUCUGCGGGGCUUGUGCUCUGCAAAGACUCUGCUGCUGGGGAUUCAGCUCUAGAGGUCACAGUAUCCUCGUUUGAAAGAUCAAUUAAGAUCCCCCGUGGAGAAAGCAGUGACACAUUCACACAGCUGUUCCCUCGCAUGUUAUUUCAUGAACAUGACCUGUUUUCGUGCACUAGACACACAGAGUGGAACAGCCGUAUGCUUAAAGUACAUGGGCCAGUGGGACUGGAAGUGACCUGUACAAGUGAUGCAGAAAGGAGGGUUUCAAAGAAAAAGGAUUUUGUUUAAAAUACUUUAAAAAUGUUAUUUCCUGCAUCCCUUGGCUGUGAUGCCCCUCUCCGGUUUCCCAGGGGCUCUGGGAGGGACCCUUCUAAGAAGAUUGAGCAGUUGGGUUUCUGGCUUGAGAUGAAUCCAAGCAGCAGAAUGAGCCAGGAGUAGCAGGAGAUGGGCAAAGAAAACUGGGGUGCACUCAGCUCUCACAGGGGUAAUCAUCUCAAGUGGUAUUUGUAGCCAAGUGGGAGCUAUUUUCUUUUUUGUGCAUAUAGGUAUUUCUUAAAUGAAGCUGCUUUCUUGUCUUUUAUUUCUAAAAGCCCCCUUAUACCCCACUUUGUGCAGCAAAGAUCCCCGUGCAGGUCACAGCCUGAUUUGUGGCCAGGCUGGACAAAUUCUUGAGGCACAACUUGGCUUCAGUUCAGAUUUCAAGCUGUGUUGGUGUUGGGACCAGCAGAAGGCAAAUGUCCAGCCAACACUCAGGACUGUAAGAGGACUCUGAGCUACGUUCCCUGUGAAGACCCCCAGGCUUUGUCAUAGGAGGUCGUUCAGCUUCCCCAAAGUCAGAGGUGAUUUGAUUUGGGGAAGAUUGAAUAUUCACACCUAAGUCGUGAGCAUAUCCUGAGUUUUACUUCCUUAUGGCUUGCCCUCCAAGUUCUCUCUCUCAUACACACACACACCCUUGCUCCAGAAUCACCAGACACCUCCAUGGCUCCAGCUAUGGGAACAUCUGCACUGGGGCUGCCUUUGUGUUUGGCUUAGGAACUUCUGUGCUUCUCGUGGCUCCACUUGCGAGGCAGCUCGGAGGUGUGGACUCCGAUUGGGCUGCAGGCAGCUCUGGGACGGCACAGGGCGGGCACUCUGAUCAGCUCGUGUAAAACACACCGUCUUCUUGGCCUCCUGGCCAGUCUUUCUGCGAAUAGUCCUCUCCCUGGCCAGUUGAAUGGGGGAAGCUGCUGGCACAGGAAGGAGAGGAGAUCCCGGCUGAGGCUUAGGAAAUUGCUGGAGCCGGCUUCAAGCAGAGAAUUCACUGGGGAGGUUUUCAGAGUCAAACAUCAUUCUGCCUGUGUUGGGGGCCAGGUGUGUCACACAAGCAUCUCAGUCAAAAGCCGUCUGGGGCUGCUGCUUCUCUUUCUCAGGCUUUGGGGAAAGGAAUCUCCCUCUCCUCUCACUUGAUUCCAAGUGUGGUUGAAUUGUCUGGAGCACUGGGACUUUUUUUCUCCUUUCCUUGAUGGACCAACAGUGCAAAUGCAAUCUCGCCAUUUAACUUUCAGGUCGAUUUCCUUUCCUGAUCAGACAUCUUUGUGCCCCCUUUAGGAAGGAAAAGAAUACACCUACUAUGUGCCAGGCACUGUGUUAGGCGCUUUUAUAUAGAUCCUCGUUAGGAUGAGACUAAGGGAUGAGGACAUCUCUUUAUAAAAGGCCCCUAAGUAAUGGAUAAACAGAAAUGCUUAGAGGUGAGAAGGUCUGUCUUCAAGAUCCAAGGUAAGAUUGCCUUCAGUCUGAUGUUUGUUCUCGAGGACUUAUCCCUACAAUAUUCUCCCACUCCAUACUUCUCCUUCUACCCCACCAUGUGCUCCCGUGCACUCCUCAGAUGGUCAGAGGGGUAACCCAAGUCCUUAGAGAAUUUGGGGACCAAUAGAAUAUGUGAUGUGUGAAUUUUCUUUAAAAAACUUAAGGAGUCUUUGCUACCUUCUGCUUGUUGAGUUGUUUUGGCAUUCAUAUUAAAAGCCAGCAUCUCACUAUUUAUUGACAGGUUGGGCUGUGUGUGUGCGCAUGUGUGUAUACAUUUCCAGGCGUGCCUGUGUCCUGUAGCUUUUUAAAAGGAAACCCAGUCAUCCCACUAUGAAUCUGGCAUCUUCUUAUGCUUCUAGUGUUUUGGCCAUACAUCAACCAAGGGGUUUAAUUUAUCCAAUGCUUGACGACAUGUUCAGGAGGGGCUGGAUCAAAUUUUGAGAGGGUUAUGGGAAAGGGAGGGGGAGAAGAAAUUGACAUUUAUUUUAUUAUUUAUUUUAAAUGUUUACAUCUUCUUUAUGUUCUAUCAAGCCUGAAUAGAAACUGAUAGCAUUAAAACACUCCGUUCCUCUCUCUCUUCUCGCUUCCUUUUUUUUUUUUUUUUUUAAUUUAGGAUAACACAUUUUUGUUUCUAAAGUGAUUUGUGAUUUGUGCUGUAUAAACUGUAUAAAAGGUUCUGUUUUUAAAGGUGGAUUUUCAUUCCUCUGGGGACAGUGGUCGCCAAGACAUCUACAUUGUAAGAGAACACAGUGGAAGAUCCUGUCCUGAUUCUCAAAAAUUAUUUUCUCUGUAUGAUUAAAAGUUUAUUCCAUUUAUUUUAGUUUGUGUUUACUUGAUUUUGAGGAAGAAAAUAUUUGACUUUGUGUAAAGAGUAGGGUAUCAGGGUGUCUUUUCUGCCGUGGGAGAUGUGUAUAUAUAUAGUAUUUUGGUGUAUAGUAGAAAAUAAGCUUUGUGCAUCUGUAUUUGAGAUAUGUUAAUGACGUGGAGUAAAGUCAGCUGUAAGACUCUGGAGGCAAACAAGUUGUAUAUGGUUCAUAUGGCUCUAUGGGGAAUUUAAUUACCUUUCUGGGCACUUUUUUUUUUUUUUUAAAGUAAUGGUGAAAUGGUCCCAUUGGAGAGUCUCCUAAAUAGACCUUCCAGGCAGAACCGCAAGCUCAAAAUCUUUGUAUAGUUUUGAAAAUUGAGGAGUAGCUUUGUUUGGAAGCGUUUCUGGUGGUGGUUUUUGUUGUUGUUGUUGUUUUGUUGUUUUACUAUAUGUAAUACAAGCCUACAGUAUUUGCACUAAAGAAAGCUUGUUAGAAGAAGCUUGCUGCUAUGGAAGAAAGAACAUAUUAAAACUUCUUUCCCUUGCGAUUUUUUUGGGGGAGGGGGGUUAGCAUUUCCACUUUCAGUUGAGUAGCAUUUUGUAGAAUAAAAUGAAUUAAGAUUGAA